UCGUCUCAAAAGACAACCUCACACUUAUUACGAAGGGUCAAUUCUUUCGAGAGUCUCUCGGAAUACAUACUAUGCGCCUUACAUCCGGCGUGUUUUGUGAAAAGAUGUCCAAAGAUCCACAGACUUUCGAUAAUAAAAGGAUCACUACCACUUGGCCGCAAUGGCUGGCUACUUUCGUGGUCGGUUUAGAAACCAUUGUUAGCGGUUUAGCGAACGGCUGGGCUUCGCCGUAUCUAGCAAGAUUAACGUCAGCGGAAACGGAAACUCUUUUAAAUCUGACCGAUGCCGAAGCAUCUUGGGUGGCGUCCCUUUUGAACCUCGGACGUGUGAUGGGCGCGCUUAUUAGCGCGUGUCUUCAAGAAUAUGUCGGACGAAAGAAGGUGCUCCUGUUGUCGGGCUUGCCGUUAGCCGCCAGCUGGAUCUUCAUCAUCUGCGCCAGAUCGGUCACGUGGCUCUACCUUUCUAGAUUCUGUUCCGGGAUCGGAUCAGGCAUCUUCUGGCUCUCAAUGUCUUUAUAUCUCGGCGAAAUCGCUAAUCCUGCCAUUCGAGGCUCGCUAAUAUCUAUGAACGUAAAUGUAGCGUCCGUUGGUAUGUUCCUCGGUAAUGCAAUGGGUCCUUAUCUGUCCAUGGAGAUGUUCGCCUACGUGAGCCUCGUGCCGAACAUCCUCUUCGUAGUCCUCUUCAGUCUGAUACCGGAGUCGCCCUAUCAUUAUGUCCUUCACGGCAACAUCAACGAGGCCGAGGCAUCUCUCAAGUGGUUUCGACGAGAGGCUGACGUCAAGGCCGAGAUGCAGGAGCUACAGGACUUCGUUCACGGCGCCAAUACCAAUAUUCUAACAAAGCUCAAAAAUUUGCUGGUGCCAGUAAAUCUGAAAAAAGUGCUGACGAUACUUGGUUUGAACGUUUUCGUCCAUGGAAGCGCGUACGCCACGAUGAACUCGUACGCGGAAAUUAUUGUAAUCAAUUCCGGAGUGAACAUCACUCCGUCGAUUGUGGUGAUGGCACUGGGUUUCUCCACGAUUGUCGCUGGUUUCACCACCGUCUUGGUGGUAGACAGAUUCGGGCGGAAGAAUCUGCUGAUCGUUUCCAUCGUCGGCGUCGUCAUUUCGCUCUUCGCUCUUGGUCUACACUUCUAUCUUCUUUCACUAAACUUCGUUCCCGACAAAUUGACGUGGCUACCGAUAACAUCGUUAUUGGCUUUUAGUAUCUUUGUAUCGUACGGUCUGAUACCGGUGCCCGGUGUACUUUUAAGCGAGAUGUUUCCAGCAAAUCUAAAAAAUUUGGUGUCUCUUUUCGUUUCUAUAACCAACUCCACGUUGGCCUUCAUGUUCACCAAAACUUAUCAGCCUUUCGUCAACGUGGCGGGAGAAACAAUCGUCUUCUGCAGCUAUGGACUUUUCGUGAUCAUGGCCGUGCCUUAUGUGUGGUACUUGAUCCCCGAGACAAAGGGCAAGAGCUUGCUGGAGAUUCAGCGAUCCGUUAAACAUUAAAUUAUUAGUCGGAUUAUCAAAAGUGAUUUUGAUACACAAAGUUUAUAGAUGCAAUUUUUUCUCUCUAAAUAAAGUGAAAAUUUGUUUGUGAGAUUGAA